AUGCAACUUAAAAGACUUUCACAUAAUGUGCAUUCAAAAUUGGCUGCUCUCUUUGUAUCUCUACUUGAUUAUUCGUUCUAUGAUGAAGAUCACAAUAUGACAUUUCACCAUGUUACUUUAGUGAGUGUAUUAUACAAAACAGCUUCGAGUAUUUUCAAUGAAAAUGAUGCUCAUCUUUAUGAACCAUUUCUUGAUCGAAUGUAUAUUGAUGCUAAAGAUGGUAAUAAAACAAUGCUUCUUCAAAUGUGGCUCCAUUUUUGGGUUAUAGCUGGUGUGCAAGUGCAAACUGUAGCUAUUAAUCAUAUUGAACAAUUUCUUGAUUGUACAUUCAAUCGCAAAGAUAUGACUCUAAGCAGCUUAUUAUUAACACUAUGUGUUCAACAUACUGAACUAUUGUAUUCACAUUUCGACGAUCUUCUUAACAUACUAUUAAUUGAUGAUGGACAAUAUUUAUCUCAUUUAUGUGGUUUAUUUUCGCUAAUCGUCAGAAAAUAUCCUGAAAUAGUUUCAUUGAAACAUAUUGAUCGUAUAUUUUCAUCGAUAGAUACAAUUCCAUUCAAUAAUGAACUUUGUAUAGUUAUUCAAACACUUAGUUGUGUAGCUAACUGUAAUCCUUAUUUAUUUGAUGCACAUCGUGAAAAAUUCAUUUGUUUAAUUAUUGAAAAACAAAAUUUAUUAAUAUUUGAAUGUUUUCGAAAUUAUAUUAUUUCAUCCAUAAUUAUCAAUAAUGAAAAUAAAGCAAAUGAAUACCUUAAUAUACUUAUUGAUAUUUUGAAAAAUAAUAAAUGUUCAAAUGAAAUUCAACAAGAGAUUUUCUUUACUUGUUUACUUAUCGGCUUGAGACAUAAACAAUUAUUAAUUAAUCGACGUCAUGAUUUUACAGUAUUAGGUUCGAAUUUAAUAGUCAAUUAUAUUGAUAAUGCUACAAUUAGUGAAUUAGAUCAGGUAACAAUUCAACGAGCUCGAUUAGAAAUUGAAAAAGUCGAAAUGUGUAUUAAUAAAACAAAGAUGAAUACCAAAAUAGAACAAACAAAUAUGAAUACUAUUCCUUCUUGGAGCUAUCAAGUGUCUAAAUUACUUAAUCAUCAAAGUAAUAAUGAUUGGCGUUUACUUGGUAAGCAACUUGGAUUUUCAUGUAGUGAAAUAAAACAUUGGACAAUGCAAACAAAUCCUUGUAUGGCCUUACUAAACGAAUGGUUUAUGACACAUACAACAGAAGAAGCUAUUUAUAGUCUUAUUAAAGUACUUAAUGAUAUUGGUCGACAUGAUGUUGAACAAAUUAUUCGACAAGAAGUAUUAAAAACAGGACAAACUAUUCUAAAUGAUUUUUCAGUUAAUAUCAAACGUCUGCCACCAGUUUUUCUUUCAUUUCAUUCUAGUGAACAAAUACGCAUCAUUAAAUUGAAAGAUCAUUUAGAACAAGCUGGAUACGCUUGUCAAAUAUAUGAUGAUCAAACUCAAAUUAAUAUUCUAGAUAUUCAUAUUCGUGGAGCUAAAGUGAUCGUAUGUUGUAUUAGCAUACUUUAUAAUCAAUCAGAAAACUGUUCAAAAGUAUUUGAUUUGAUAUUAAACAUGAAAAAACCCUUUAUUCUUUUAUAUAUGGAAGAGCAAACAUGGCCAUUAGAAAGCAAACUUAAAUAUAUUCUUGAUGAUCAUCUGUAUAUUGAAUUUUAUAAUCAUGAAAAGACGAAUGAUUGGCCUGAAAAUAAAUUUAUUGAACUACUCGGUCAAAUUCGUUAUCAUGUUGCACCUAAUCCUGAUAUGAUUUGUGAACAAUAUUAUCAUUGGUUUGUACCUCGUCUUAAUAAUCUUAUCUUUUUGAAAUCAUCAAAUGAACAGGAAGAAAAUAUUGCCAUCUCAUUUAAUGAUAUUCCACUAGUAAUUUCACAUCCACAAAUAAUUAUUUCCUAUCAAUGGGAUUGUCAAAAAGAUAUUCUUAAUCUUUAUAAGCAAUUAACACAAUUAGGAUACCGAAUUUGGCUCGAUAUAUUUCAAAUGGGAGGUGGUGAUUCGUUGUUAGAUAAGUAUAAUAUUGUGAUUCAACAAUCAUCAUGUUUACUUGUUUGUAUUACACCAAAAUAUAUGAAAUCGAUUAAUUCUCAACAUGAAAUAUUAUUAGCUAAUACUUUUCAUAAACCUAUCAUACCUUUACUACUCGAAGAAACGAAUACAUGGCCACCUCCCGAUCUUAAAUUAUCAAUGUUUUCUGAAAAACCAUAUAUUGACUUUCAACAUUCAAACAGAUAUAACAGAUGGACAGGAAAACAGUUUGUACUGUUACUUGCUCAACUUAAACAAAUUAUACCAAAUGUGCAGACGGAUAAACCGCGACAUUUACUCGAAAUGCAAAGGCCUAUAUCGGCUUCUCGACAUAGUCAUAAUAUUGAUCAACGACCAAAACGAAUAUCAAGUGCACCAAUUGUUCCAAAAAGUCAAGCAUGUUCUCUCAUGUAA